AUGUCGGUUAUAAGCAACGGUGGAGCAUCGAUUGAGUACUCUUCAUCAUCACCAAACACAUCAACUACAAACACACAAAAUAUUGCAGGGAAUUCCAAUAUCACACCAGUCAAGAAUGAAGCUGGGUUAGCGUCACCAAAUGAGAAUAGAGGAUUCGAGCAUCAAGGAUCUGAGGAUGACGACAUUGAUCAAGAUCAUGAAUUCCAUUCGGAUCUGUCUCAAAACCGCCAGUCCAAUAAAAGAUCGAAAGUGACUAGAAGAUCAAUUGCUUGUAAGAGUUGUCAUGCUUUGAAGGUAAAGUGUACUCCGUCAGACCCUCUGGAUCCAGGUAAACCUUGCAUCAGAUGCCUUAACGCCAAUAGAAAGUGUGAAAUUGAUCUUAACCAAACAAGAAAAAGAAGGAAAAAAUCAGAGAUCUUAGAAGCUAAGAAAAGAGAGGCUGAAGAAAAGCUGAAACUAGAAGAGGCUGAAUUGAGCAGUAAUGAAACUCCAUCAAAGAGUAACAAAGAAACCCCCAAAAGGAAAAGUGUCGGAGAAACUCAUUCAAAGAUUCCUUCUCCUACAAAGUCAAAAGUUUCGUCUCAAAUUCGUCAAAACUCAACCAUUCCGCCAAUACCAAGCAACUUGAACCCAAUCAAUACCCAAGCACAUAACCCAUCGAAAUCGAUAAGUGAUGGUGUAAAUACUCAGUCCAAUUUGUCGUCACCCCAUAUGCUGAAAGACGAGGAGAUUUUUAGCUUGAAACAGAGGAUCCUUACACUAGAGACACAAUUGAAUCAUAGAAACCAUUUUCAUAGAAAAACGCUUUCAGAAUUUCAAUCAGAGUCUCCAUCAGAGAUGUUUUCUCCACCAUUUGUAUCCAAAUCAGAUCUUGAACAAGAGAUAACCACUUUGGCAGAAUCCUCGUCGAAAUUGACUGAUUUAACGAAUGAACUAAAUAAUUUGGCUAAUAGAAGGACUAGAAUGUUGAAAAGCAAUACCCCACCUGAUGUUGUUUCCAAAGGAUUACUAACUCUCUCAGAAGCUGAGAGAAGAUUACAGUUGUACAGAAGCAGAAUCCUUGGAUUUUUGCCCUUCAUAGACGUACCAACUGAUGUCACUGCAGAUACUUUGCGGACCGAACAACCUUUUUUGUUUAAUGCGGUGAUGGCAGCUAGUAAUACAGUCAGCUCCACUCUGUCUGAGACGGAAAUUGACCAUGCUUUGGCGUUGGACAAUGAAGCAAUCCGGUCUGUUUGUGACGAGGUAAUGGUUGUUGGAAGAAAGUCAGUGGAGUUGGUUAAAAGUAUGCUUAUCUUGACUUUAUAUUACAACUCACCAGAGUUGUUCCGACAACGUCGAUACCAUUUGCUAAACAAUAUUUGUGUGUCACUUUUGCACGACUUGGGAAUUGUGGCAAGACCUUCGUAUUCAUUUGACAAUAACGACGGUUCAUUGAAACAAAAUCCAGAACAGGAAACAGGCGACGAGUACAAGUCAAUAGUAUUGAUCAUAUAUUUCAGUACCGUGAGUAUAUGUCUUAUACUUAGAAGGGCUAUAUAUAUCAAGUGGACGCCAUAUGUUGAAGAGUGUUGCGUAGCGCUCGAAAAUUCGUCAGAGUUAAAAUACAGAAAGUUGGCACUAUUUGCCAGGAUAAACGCCGCUUUGGAAAAAAUACAUCAUAUCAUUCACUCGCCGGAAAUUGGAGAUAAAAGGGUUUCCACCUCCCAAUAUAUGAUUCAAGAGUUGCAAAGGCAAUUGACUGAGUUGAGGAAUAAGAUCGAUGAUGACAACCAUGUGUUUUUGUCGUACUUAUAUUCAGUGGAGGCCUACUUACAUGAGCCUAAUUUGGGUAAUAUUUUCAAGCCAGAAGAGUCUCAACUAAGCUCGAUGGCCGUCAAGGCUAUAUCAAACUGUACCAAUUCUUGUCUUUCGGCGUUGAAUGAAUAUAACAAGUUAACUUCAGACCAGAUUGCACAAAUGCCAUUGGCUUUUAGCUCCAGAGUUAUGUAUACCGGUGGAAUGUUGCUUCGGUUGCGGUUCUUAAUUUUGUCCCUCCCCUCACAUAUCGAGAAAGAUUUGGUGCCUCGUGACGCAGUUAUAUCCAUUCAAAGAGUAAGUAAUUUGGUAGAACAGGCCCAUAAUCAGCAUUCGACAAACCAUUUGUUGAAAAAGACAAGAUUGGUGUUGCAAUUGUUUAUUCAAACAUACGCCACUCAAGUGAAUGAUUUACUACGCAAGAAUGGUGAAACACCACAAAAUUUUAAACCAACAAAUCAAGAUGCUGUAGAGCUAAAGAGGGUUGCAUCAAAUUUCGAAGAUUCAAGGGGCAAGCUGGCUUUGAUGAGAGACGAGCUGCACAGUGUUCCCUUAGAUAUUCUUUCGUAUGCAGCAUCCUACCGACGCGAAGGAAAUCCAGGAGAACGCCCACGUACAGUUCCUGAGUCAAAGGAGGACGUUGGAACUUCAACCACUUUUGCUCCUCAACCCGUUGGCUCACAAGUUCCAUUUACAUCGGCAGGAAAUACUCCAAUUAACCCGGUAACUUCGCCUCCACCGUCUUCUAUUCCAUUCCAGCCCCAACAACCACAGACACUUCAACCUUCCCAACAAAUUCAACAACAGUCACUUUUGCAGCAUACAUCAAAUGGUGAGUCAGGCUUAGCGUCGGCUGUUGGCCCAGCCGCCACUUCCUUGACCAAUAUUUAUGAUCCGGCGACACAACAUACGGGACUUACCCCAGGAAAUUUUGACUACAGACAAUUUAAAAUCCCACUGUUAUCAAACCUCUCUGGGAUUGACCACGCAGCAAGUAACACAUUCAAUAACAAUGGCAACAACAACCACCAAAUUUUCAACCCAAACCUAGCCAACCCAGACCAAUUGGAGAAUUCGUACCUGGUGUUGAAUGAUGAGUUUUGGUCGAAUUUAUUGAGUACGGAUUCUACAGAUAGAAUAAACUUUUGCAGUAAUAACACCAAUUGGAAUCAGAUGAAAGAUGAGGUAUUUUUUAUGGAUUAG